AUGACUGAUUUUCACUCCUCUUCCACCACGCGUCUCCUUUCUUCACCACUCCAGACGCAUCAAAACGGACAGAUCAUCUCAACAUCCCAGGCCCACGCAUACAACAGCUACCUUUCCGACUUCAUCAUCCUCUCCAGUCGCAAACUCACCUCUCACAGCUCUUCCUCUCGCUAUCCCCAUCCACAACCGGUCCCGGAUACUCCACGCACCGACAUAAAACGUCGCUUAACUUCCUCUCUCUUCACACCACGACGUUCACUCCCAGUCCAAACCAAACCCAUCACCUCGAUGACUCUCACCGCCGACAGUACCUACUCCUGUACCAAGAAGCCAAGCCCCUCACCUGAGGCUCUCGCGUCCCAACGUCCUCAGCCCAUACUCCAGUUAAAACUCCUUACUCAGACCAUCCCCGAUCCCCCUCUCCGCACCCCAACCCACAAAUCUCUCCCGCCCCCUCCUGCAACUACUCCACUGCAGCCUUCCUACCCAUCCCGCCACGACUUCACUCUCCCUCAUCACCCUCCCGCCCCACCCCCGUUCAUCUCGGUCACCGACACUCCAUCCAUGCCACAAAGCUUCCCUCUUCUCCUCCGUGUCUAG